UGGUACCAUCGCUCGACUCUUUCGAACCUUGUUUUUAGUAUCCGGCGCACCGAGCCUCUGAGUCGCGCGCUGGUGCUCGCCUCGCCUGCUCGUCCUCGUCUCGGUCGGUCGGUGGUCGUCGCAAAGCCUUUGUCGUUUGGUUUCUGUCGUCGCGGUUCUGGCUGUCGUCGCGGUCGUCGUGGUUGUCGUCGUCGUCGCAGUCGCGGGUUUAGUCUCUGCUCGUCCGCCUCUUCUUCUUCAUCUGCCCUCGUCCCUCCUCUCUUCCUCUCUCCUUUUCCCCGUCUGCUCUCCUCCCGUACCUUCUCUCUCCUCCUCUCUCCUCCCCCCCUCCUCCCCCAUGUCCGACCAACUCUCCUCCUCAAUCGGCCUGCCCCCGAACGCAAUACCCUCCUCGAUCCCCUCCGCCAUCCCCUCCUCCGCCUCCCUCAUGCCGACGCCGCCGCUCUACUCCUCCCCCGUCACCCAGCCCUACCACAUUCCUCCACAGCAGCACUACUUCCCCGCCCCGGCGCCCGCCCCCAGCGCGCCCUCCGCUGCCGACGGCUACCUCUCCAGCUCGCACUCCGCCUACGCGCUCUCCUCAUCCGCAAAGUUCUCCGACUACAGCCAACAACUGCCCACACCGCCCGGCGGGCCGCAGCUCCUCUCCCAGCAGCCAAUGCAGCAGCAACAAUCGCAACAGCAGCAGCAGCAACAACAGCAGCAGCAACAACAACAACAGCAGCAGCAACAACAACAGCAGCAACUGCAGCAGCAGUACGCUCUAAUGCAACCGUUCCCCACCCCUCCCGGCGGCCACGUCUACCACCCGACCGCUGUCGCCAUGCCCGCCCAGCACGCCUACUACGUCCCGCACCCACAGCAGUCGGUGAUGCAAUACCACUACUCGGCGCAGCACAUGCAGCCCUCGCCCUCGCUCGCUCCCCACGACCCGACCGGCCAAUUUCCGCCGCCGGGCAUGAAGCCGCGCGUGACGACAACGCUGUGGGAAGACGAAGGCACGCUCUGUUUCCAGGUCGAGGCGAAAGGCGUCUGUGUCGCGCGCCGCGAAGAUAACGACAUGGUCAACGGCACGAAGCUGCUCAAUGUCGCGGGCAUGACCCGCGGCCGCCGCGACGGUAUCCUCAAGAGUGAGAAGCAGCGGCACGUCGUCAAGGUGGGUGCGAUGCACCUCAAGGGCGUCUGGAUCCCCUACGACCGCGCGCUCGACUUUGCAAACAAAGAGAAGAUCGUCGAUCUCUUAUACCCGCUCUUUGUCGCCGACAUCAAAACAUUCCUGUACCACCCUGCUAACUACGCGCGCACCGCGCAGGUCGUUGCCGCGGUCGAGCGCCGGAGGUUCGAGUCCGCGCGUCCGCCGCUGAUCCAGCAACCGCAGCUGAUGCACCCGUCGCAGAGCUACCAGCACAUGCAGCACCAGCAGUCGCAGAAAAAGCCGCAGCAGCAGGCGAUGAUCUCGCCGCGCUUGAGCGUACAUGAAAACUCGUCGAUCUCGUCGAGUAGACCAAACACGCCGGGGUCGCAGGCGCACUCGCCGGAUAUGUCGAAGGAGAACGAGUACACGGUCAAGAGAGAAGAUAUGCCGAUUCAUCAUAGUUCGACGGGCGAGCACGCGCUGCUGCAGCACCAGCAGUCGUCACAGCAGCAGCAAUCGCAAUCAUACGCCCCACCUCCGAUGCAGCAGUCCAUGCUCUACCGAGUGAACUAGUCUGUCUCUAUCCUUGCAUAACCCCCUCUUCUCUUGCUCGUUGAAUCACGAAAAUCGUCUUGGCGUCCCGUUUUCUUAUUUCUUCUUUUCAAUUUCUCCUAA